CGACAUGUCCUAGGUCCUCCGCGUCGACAUGUCCUAGGUCCUCUCCAGCAGCAGAUGGAUCUGGCGGAGCCUACCUUCCCCGUGUCCUCCACUGCGACCGUGGCCGCUCCGGCACCAGCAGGGCCGCACAGCGGCGGGAGCAAGUCCGUGCUCGACGGGAUGGCUGGCCCAUCCAUGAAGUCGGUUCACCUCGAAGAAUUGGCUGGCUCAUCCAUGAAGCCGGUUCACCUCGAAGAAAUGGCUGGCCCAUCCAUGAAGCCGGUUCACCUCGAAGAAAUGGCUGGCCCAUCCAUGAAGCCGGUUCACCUCGAAGAAUUGGAUCCCGAGGGUGAUGUUGACAAGCAGAGGCUAAAGUGGGAAACCAUCAAUGAGGAGCAGCAGGUGUGGGAUGCCCUCGAUGAGCAGCGGAAAUUGAGCAAGAAAGAGGAGAGGAAGCAGAGACAAGAGGAGAGGAAGCAGAGACAAGAAGAGAGGAGGCAGAAGCAAGAAGAGAGGAGGCUAAAGCAAGAGUACAACAAAAAGAUUAAAUUGGAGGUGGCUGCAAGGAGGAAAGAGCUACAAGAUAGGAAGAAGAAGCAAGCGAUUGAGCUAAAUGAUAGGAGGAAGGAUAUGAAGAAGAAGUCGAAGAUGGUGAGAGCAGAAGGAGGAGGUUCUCCUUGCGGAGUGACCAGGUCUCCUGGAGUGAAUAUGCUGAGGUCUCGUCUUGGAGUUCUUGCAAACGUGGCAGCUUCGAAAAGAGGGAGGUCGCUGUCGGAUAUGGAUGGGAGUCCCCCUUCACAGAAAAAUGCCAAGUCUACACCGAGGUCGCCAUCUACGCUGAGGUCGCCAUCUAUGCCGAGGUCACCAUCUUCAUUGACAGCAGUGAAAAGUGCAAUUGAUAAUAUAAGAGAAAGUGUGAAAUAUGUGAAGAGCUCUCAGACUCGAUUGGAUAACUUCAAUGAAGUAGUUGCACGAGUUGCUUUUAGUACUGGACAACGAGUUGUAAGCGACUACAGAAGUAGAUUGAAGAGUACAACUGUUGAAGCCCUAAUAUGUCUUCAGGAUUGGCUAAAACAUGUUCAGUCACUUGCUCAUGUUGUGGAUGAUGAUGAUCUGUGA